AAUCAAGCGGACAAAAAGCAUUUCAUAAUGCAACACUUUGACAUACUGACUCACUCGUAGUAUUUUGUGCAUUCUCUGUAUAAUCGUGAGAAUUUUGGUCGGUUUGGUUUUCCCUGGUAGCUUGUAGCAUUGACAUACCUUUACCAGUAGAUGGCGCCAAGUAGUGUGCGCGCUCCGCGCUUCAUUCUUUCAGCAGUGCUCGCACUGAAGGACCGCUAUUUUCCAAUAACAAUCCUUUUGUGCAUAAUUAAUAUUACGCAACAGUUUGUCAUAUUUAUUUCGUAUUAUUAUUAUCAUUACAACCGUGUCGAUUAGACAUGUCAGCUUAUGUUCAUUUUUAGAUUUGUGUGCAUUGCCUAAAAUAUUCCCUUUGGGGCCAGCGUUAAUUGGUUUAGUAAGGCCAAAUUGCAUAAUGCUUUAAAUUUGUCACCACGAACUUUAAUGAAUAUCAUGUGAUGGUUAAAGGUCCGCUCCUUCCCGGGAGGGCCGUCUUGGGGAUAUCAAACGAAAUCUCUUUGCCUGUAGUUACGCUCUGUGAUCCCAUUCUUAGACAUUUUACAGGAGCGAGCUGGUGGAGUUGUGGCGACCUCAAUCAGUCGCGUGCGACAGAACUUCAUCAGGAGGGUGACUGUGGUGGAUGAUAUGACCACUGCCACACUGCGCGCGUCCUCUCCACCUUAAACGAUGCGCAGCGCGUUCAACGGCAGUGUGAGUGGAUUGCCGGGAUAAUUGCGAGGAUGGAAAUGAAGCAGAGUUGAAAUCCUGUUGCUUCUUGCCUAUUUGAAUCAUGGCUAAGAACACGUCGCUUUAUUUUCGUAUAGUUGAAGGACGGAAUCUACCGGCGAAAGAUGUGUCGGGCACCAGCGAUCCUUACUGCGUUGUGAGAGUGGACAAUGAGGUCGUGGCCAGGACGGCGACUGUGUGGAAGAAUCUGAACCCGUUCUGGGGGGAGGAGUUCACUCUUCACCUGCCCACAGGAUUCCAUGUGCUCUCCUUCUACGUCAUGGAUGAGGACACCAUCGGCCAUGACGAUGUGAUCGGCAAGAUCUCACUCACCAAAGAGGUCAUUGCAGCUCAGUCAAAAGGACUGGACAGCUGGCUGAACCUGACGCGGGUGGACCCAGACGAGGAGGUGCAGGGGGAGAUCCACCUGGAGCUGGAGCUACAGCAAGAGGAUCAGCACACCUGUCUCCGCUGCCACGUCAUCCAGGCCAGAGAUCUGGCCCCUCGGGAUAUCUCUGGAACCUCAGACCCCUUCACACGGAUCCUUUACAACAACCACAGCGCAGAGACCUCGAUCAUCAAGAAGACCCGUUUUCCGCACUGGGGGGAGACCCUGCAUCUGCGUCUGGAGCAGGGGGAGGAGGAGGGGGGGUGUGUGACAUUGGAGGUCUGGGACUGGGACAUGGUUGGCAAGAACGACUUCCUGGGCAAGGUGGAGAUUCCACUGGCCUGCCUACGCAGGACCCCCCCACUGCAAGGCUGGUUCCGACUACUGCCCCUGGGAAACACCGAGCACGACGCAGGUGGUAGGUUGGGAGCGUUGCGUCUGAAGGUGCGUUUAGCAGAAGAGAGGAUCCUUCCCUCAGUCUAUUACCAGCCCCUUAUAGACCUGCUGCUGGAGCCUGUCGUCUCACCUGCACAGGUGGAGGACCCCACCCCUCUGACCCUGCUGGAGGAAGUGACAACAGUAGAGAGUCGUCAGGACGUUGCCAUGACGCUGGUGAAGAUCUACCUGGGCCAAGGGCUGGUGGUGCCCUUUCUAGACUACCUCAACACCAGAGAGGUCCACCACACCACGGACCCAAACACUUUGUUUCGCUCUAACUCCUUUGCAUCUAAAGCCAUGGAGCAGUUUAUGAAGGCAGUGGGGAUGUUGUAUCUGCACGAGGUUCUCAGGCCCGUCAUCAAUCGCAUCUUUGAAGAGAAAAAGUAUGUGGAGCUGGACCCAUGUAAGAUAGACCUGAACCGCAGCAGGCGUAUCUCGUUUAAGGGUGCGGUGUCGGAGGCGGAGGUAAGGGAGAGCAGUGUGGGGCUACUGCAGGGGUACCUCAGCUCCAUCAUGGACGCCAUUGUGGGGUCGGAGCCACACUGUCCCCUGGUCAUGAGGGUGGUGUUCAAACAGCUACACAAGAGGGUGGAGGAGCAGUUCCCCCAAUCACAGCACCAGGAUGUAAAGUAUUUGUCCAUCAGUGGUUUCUUCUUUCUGCGUUUCUUCGCUCCAGCCAUCCUCACCCCCAAACUCUUCCACCUGAGAGAUCACCAUGCCGACACACGCACCAGCCGAACACUGUUGCUGCUGGCAAAAGCUGUGCAGAGUGUGGGUAAUCUGGGUCUACAGCUGGGUCACGGGAAGGAGCAGUGGAUGGCCCCUCUGCAUCCCAUGAUCUUUAGCAGCGUGGCGUCUGUCAAAGACUUCCUGGACAAGCUCAUAGACGUCGACCACGACAACCUAGCAGAGGUGUCCCAGAGAGUGAUGUUCCUGCCGUGUGUGACGGUG